AUGACGGACUUCGAGUCACCAAACAGACUUUUUCCCCUUUCUUUUUGGGCGGCGCGAGGAAAGAACUCCAGCAGGGGAGUUUAUCCCAACUUCAUCCUCAUCUUUAUCGCCUCCAGGCAUCCUAUCCACCCAGGAGAGCCAUUUGAACAGCCCAUCUCCAGAAUUACCGUCUCUGGCAAGCUAGGGUGCCUGUUAGUGUCGGGCCAGGCCGAUGACAAGCUUGCUGGUCGUUGGUUGAUUGCAGCGGCGCACUCCACCGUCUCUGCGGCCGAUGCUCUCCGGACCAGCCAGAGCCCCUAUCUGCUAAUUAUCCCACGCAUCAUCCGAGCCGGUCUCGCCGGGGUGCUGUUCCAUCCCAGCUUCUAG